CUCCCUCUUAGUAAGCACUGUCGUCCACAGGUGUGUUCUGGUUAGUACUUAUAAGGAGCGCUAAUGAUGGAUUCUUAUUAGCGGCUCGCGCGGUAUACCUAACGAUGGUGUUCACGUCGAUCUUCCCUGCUCUCGGGCUACUGGCGGUCAUCCUGAUCGCCUUCUGUUUAACAAAGCUCGCCGCGUUCCUGCACAAUAGGCACGUCUACUGGAAGAAAUCCGGGGUACCGUACGUGCAGGGGGUUCCCUUCUAUGGCAGCGCGUGGCGACUGGUCCUUCGGCUAGAAACGUUCGUGGAUCACCUGACGUCCAUUUACAACAGCCACCCAAACGCGAGAUACGUGGGGGCGAUGGACUUCAGCAUCCCGGCCAUUCUGAUUAGGGACCCCGAACUGGUCAGGGAGCUAGGCGUGAAGUACUUCGAGCACUUCCCCGAUCACCGCAGCGUCCCCAACGAAGAGAUGGAUCCGAUCUUCGGGAAGAAUGUGUUCUCGUUGACCGGUGACCGCUGGAAGGAGAUGAGGAACACGCUGAGCCCGUUCUUCACGUCUAGCAAGAUGAAGUUCAUGUUCGGCCUGGUGUCCAAAUGUUCGGAGGACUUCUUCGAGUACCUGUACCACCAUCCGGACCUCUGCUCCAUGGUGGACGCGAAGGAGUUCUUGAGGCGGUUCACCAACGACGUGAUCGCCACGUCGGCCUUCGGCAUCAGCGUGAACUCCUUGAAGGACCGGGACAACGAGUUCUACAAGGCAGGAGACCAUAUCACUAAGAACGUAGCUACCUUCAGAUUCUUCAAGUUCCUGAUGUUCUACUUGUUCCCCCGCUUCUGUAGAAGGUUGGGAUUCACGUUCUUCUCGAAGUCGACGAUGAGCUUCCUUCAAGGAGUCAUCGCGGACACGGUGAAGGCGCGCGAGGAGCAAGGUAUCGUCAGACCCGACAUGAUACAUCUGCUGUUGGAGGCUAAAGGCAAGAAGCUGUCGAAGGAGAUGACGAUCGACGACAUCGUCGCGCAGGCAGCUAUAUUCUUCUUGGCCGGCUACGACACGGUGUCUUCGGCGAUGUCUUUCUUAACCUACGAGCUGGCGGUGAAUCCGGAGAUCCAGAGGAAGCUGCGGGAGGAAGUGGAUCGCUAUCUAGCCGAGGAGAACGGCGGCAUCUCGUACGACGCUCUGGCCAAGAUGGAGUACAUGGAGAUGGUGAUCUCGGAGACGCUUAGGAUGUAUCCUGUCGUCGUGAUUAUCGACAGGGUCUGCGCGGAGAGGUUCGACCUGCCCUCCGCUGCGCCUGGCUACAAGGGCGUCACCGUGCAGCCGGGAACCAGUGUUUGGUACCCCUCUUACGCGUUCCACCAUGAUCCGAAGUACUUCCCCGAACCGGAGAAAUUCAUUCCGGAACGGUUCAACGAGAAGAACAAGACGAACAUUGUCCCGUACACGUACAUACCUUUCGGGGUUGGACCUCGAAUGUGCAUCGGCAAUCGUUUCGCGCUGAUGGAAGUGAAGAUCAUGAUGGUCAGUCUUCUACGGAGGUUCGUCAUAGUGCCCAAUGAGAAGACGAAACCGCUGGUGUUCAAGAAGAAUAGCUUCCAGUUGAUUCCAGUGGACGGAAUAUGGUUCACUUUGAAGAAGAGGGAUCUUUAGCUUGGGCUCUGUUAUUGUUGUUAUGUAGUUUCAUUUUUGUUGUUUUUUCUUUGAUAUUGUUUUAAUGUUACGGUUUUAGGUUCCUGUUGAAUUUUAAUGGAGAAUAUUGGAGUAGGUGGUUUGAGAUUAGUUAAUAAAGUCGUACUGUGCCAGUAUUUUUUAAGGCGAAAUAAAGGACAGUUUAUCCUCGUUAUUGUUGCGUUUUACUUCCUUAGUGUCGCGUUUCUGUUCUUACUGUUUCUCACGGUGUUCGUAUAGAUUGUCCUGGUCUAUUGCUGCGAAAGCGUGCAAAGCGAGACUUUGUGGAGGUCGAAUGUCGUGUUUUCUUCGAUCUGGUUCACGAGUUGUUUAGCAAAUUCGUAUUUUUUAUCUUACAACAUUGAAAAGAAAAAAUGUUCUUUCUGUUAGUUGCAUUGUCUUCUUUUCUCGCUUUGGAGGGAACUAAUGAACUUGAUUACGUACAGUGCUUCCUGUGUACACGGGCACAGAUUGUAUAAACAAACUGUAGAUAAAAUACAAUAUUUUUCAAUUUAUGGAUUCAUUUUUUCGUCUUACGAACUGCAGUCGUGAAGAGAAACUGACUAACGAUGAGGAAUAUAAAUUGAGGAAUAUAAAGGACUUCGAUGCAGGCGAAAUGUCUUAUCAGCUCUAACAUAAACUGUUUAUGUUAGAUGAGCGGUUCGGCGGAGGUACUGGCAGUGAGGAGAGUUAAAAGGUCCCCACUGUGGUACAUGCCAUUCCUAUAUGUAUGUUAUAUUUCUUGUUCUUUUACUUUUUUUGCAUUUGCAUACAUCUUGCAUUGUUAUAUUUUUCUGUUUUAUGUAUUUUCGUACUAUUUGAAUUUUGUAUAGGUUUAUAUAUUACAUUUUGUAUUUUUUUAUAUAGUCAAACCUUCUAGGAAAUAAAGUAAUUUUUUAUUAACAUUGAACAUGCACAAAAUCGAACUAAUUUAAAUAAAAAAAUCAAAAUAUUUCUCUCCUACAGGAGAAUCGAACCCUGGUUUACAGAGUACAAUUCCAGAACGUUAUCCUCACGCAACUAUUCAACUUGGUGAUUAUUUUGAUUAAUAUUGCACUUAUUGACGUGAUAAAUUUUUAAUAACGAAUAUCUAAAAAACUAUUAAGUAUCUGCUCAUAUAAUGGUAUAUAUUCAUAAACGGGAGAACCAAAUCUACCAAUAUGCAAAGUUUCAACGAAAUCGGUGAC